AUGCCCCGCCCACCACGAUCGAAAGUCGCGUCGCGCGUCGCGAAACCCACCAAACCGAAAGCUGCCCCCGCGCGCAAACAGGCGGCGAAACCCAUCCCAGCGCAAACCAAAAAGCUCAGUGAGGCAGCCAAUAGUUUCAGCGAAGACAGCGAUGGCCUCGUUACCAAAUCGAGAACAACGCGUUCGCGCAGGACUCUACUGGGGGAGAAGACACCGGAGGCUCAGGACGAGGCAGAGCUCACCAUGACUGGCGCGCUGCCGGCUGAAGAAGCCAUCCCUGUGUCAUCGAUUAAGAACCGGACUCCUGCAUCGAAUGCAUCAAAGCGGACGCGGGCCACAAGGAGCAGUGCCAGGAAGUCCGCAGCACACACAUCGCCAACUGCCAUCGAACCAGCACACGAAGAAUCGCAGAUAGAAGACGAUAGCGGCUAUGGCGACUUGACAUUCUCUUCCCUUGGCUCAAAUUCACCAGCUCACGGCACCCGCCCGCCGUCUGCCAUCAAAGUCGGCGCAACACCCGCACACGAGAGAUCGAUACUUGCUUUGACCAACUUCAAGCGCAGAGCACGGCAGCCAAGCUUGUUGCGCAUGGUGCAGCAGACUACGGACGUGGAGGACAAUGAUCAAGACGACUUGGACAACACGGACAAUUUCGACUUUGACGACUUCCUUCCCCACGCCGAAUCAACACCUCUCAACGUGCGGAAACAGGUACCGGAGGAGGAGACACGGAAUGAUAGCGGCACUCAGAUCUCAAGCUCCGGUUCCCGUGGUACAAAGCGCAAGCUGUCGCCUGUAGUCCAAGUACCUCGCUCGUCACCACCCGUCAGUCCACAGUCUGGCGGCGAUGUGGAGUCGGAGCGGUCACACUCCCCAAGCCUACCAGAAGUACUGCCGACACGUGAGGAAGUCAUCGCGCAGACACAGGAAGACGAUGAACCCUUGAGCGAGACGCUUGCACCUCCCAUGUCAAGUAGCCCGGAACGCGAAGUAUCAAAGCCGCCUCCGACCCUAGCGCAAACGCGACCACGCAGGAGAGGACGGCAGGUCAAGACACCCGUGGUGGACGAGGACUCUGAUGGCGAGGAAACAGAGACACCUGCAAGGGCUAAGCAGAGGGCUAAGAAGAAGGCACAGCAGAGCAUAUCCACCGCGCAACUCAAAGAAUUGCUACCACGUCGGCGCAAUCGCUUGCGGGAUCGCGAUGAGUUUGAGAUCGAAUCGUCGGAUGAUAUUGAGCAAGUGGACUCGGAUCAAGAUGAACUACAAAUGCCAACACGUCGCGUUCGUCAGAGGCAGGGGGCUGGAAAGCCGGCAUCGCCAAAGGCAACAAAGAAAACAGGUCGCGCCAAGAAGACUGCACCAGCAAAACCAGCAGGGAAGUCGAGCCGAACGUACGGUCGCAGGAUUUCGUCGGAUAAGGAAAAUGAGACAGCAGACCAGAACGAAGCAGAGACCACUGAAGUCUCAGCCAUUGAGCAGUCUGAGAAGUUGGCUGCUAUCAGAAAGAAGUUUGAGGAAGUAGACGCGUUUGAGCUGGAGUUUGAAGAUGUGGAUGCGACGACCAGCUCGAGCCCGUUCCGGUGA